AAAAAUCAGUGAUAUUAUGUUUUGGUUACGUUUUUUUUAUUGAGACAUACUUGAGAUGCAUUGAGAUAUACACUUUAGUUGGAUUUUCAGCUAUGGCCAACAAAAUCCUGGCUAUGGCAGUAAAAGCUGAAAUUAAGGAUCCGUUUGUUGAAGACGACCCAAGAUAUAUACAGAGUCAGUUGUCUACAUCCUUGGAUCUGGGGGACCUGAAGAAUGAAGCAGAUUACAAUAACUCAGUUAUGAAAAUAAAAGGUAGAAUUAAGGAAGAAUUCGUUGAAAGCAGCGCCAGAUAUAUAAAAGAUCAGUUGUCUACAUCUUGCGAUCUGCGAGAUUUGAAGAAUGAGGCUAGAAGUGAAGAUCCAUCAGUUAUGGUGGUAAAAGGUGAAACUAAGGACGAGUUGGAUGAAGGUGAUUCAAGAUAUGUUGAGAGUCAGGAAUCCACCUCCCUUGAUCUGGGAGACUUGAAGGAUGAACCAGAUGAGUCAGGCUUUCUUGAAGAAGAGCAUACAUUAGAAACUAUGAAGAAAACUAUAUCGGGACCUUCAUGUAAUAAAGAACAACGUAUGAGCCAAUCUGUUGAGGAAAAAACGAUAAAUUGUGAAAUUUGUUCUAAGCAACUUGCCCAUAAGUCAUUAAACCGACACAUGUUAGUUCACACAGGAGAAAACCCUUACAAGUGCGAAAUUUGUUUUAAGCAAUUUUCUAGGAAAUUUUGUUUGAAAAAACAUUUGAGAGUGCACACUGGAGAAAAACCUCACAAGUGUGAAAUUUGUUUCAAGCAGUUUUCUCAUAGAAGUACUUUGAAAACACAUUUGAGAGUGCAUACUGGGGUAAAACCUCACAAGUGUGAAAUUUGUUUAAAGCAAUUUUCUAGGAAAUUUUGUUUGAAAACACAUUUGAGAGUGCACACUGGAGAAAAACCUCACAAGUGUGAAAUUUGUUUCAAGCAGUUUUCUCAUAGAAGUAGUUUGAAAACACAUUUGAGAUUGCACACUGGGGAAACACCUUACAAGUGUGAGAUUUGCUUUAGACGGUUUAAUCACGAAAGUAGUUUGAAAACACAUUUGAAAGUGCACACUAUGGAAAAACCUUUUAAGUGUGAAAUUUGUUUUAAGUCGUUUGCUUUGAAAAGUUCUUUGUAUAAGCACAAAAUGGCCCACACUGGAGAAAAUGAUCACAAGUGUGACAUUUGUUUUAAGCAGUUUUCUCAGAAAAGUGAUUUGAAAAGACAUCUGAGAGUGCACACUGGGGAAAAACCUUACAAGUGCGAAAUAUGUUUGAAGGCGUUUGGUCAGAAAUUUUCUUUGGAUACACACAUAAUAGUUCAUACCGGAGAAAAACACUACAAGUGCGAAAUUUGUUUUAAACUGUUUGCUAGGAAAAGUUCUUUGUAUACACACAAAAUAGUUCACACUGGAGAAAAACCUUAUAAGUGUCAAAUUUGUUUUAAGGCGUUUGGCCAGAAAAAUGAUUUGAAUAGACAUCUGAGAGUGCACACUGGGGAAAAACCUCACAAGUGUGAAAUUUGUUUUAGGCAGUUUUCUGAUGGAAGUACUUUGAAAACACAUUUGAGAUUGCACACAGGGGAAAAACCUUACAAGUGUGAAAUUUGUUUUAAGCAGUUUAAUCACGAACGUAGUUGGAAAACACAUUUGAUAGUGCACACUGGGGAAAAACCUUACAAGUGUGAAAUUUGUUUUAAGCAGUUUAAUCGCGAAAGUAGUUUGAAAAUACAUUUUAGUUUGCAUACUGGGGAAAAACCUUACAAGUGCGAAAUUUGUUUUAAGAUGUUUACUCAGAAAAAUUCUUUGGAUGCACACCACAUUGUUCACACUGGAGAAAAUCCUCACAAGUGUAAAAUAUGUUUUAGGCAGUUUUCUCAGAGAAGUAGUUUGAAAACACACAUUAGAUUGCACACCGGGGAAAAACCGUACAAGUGCGAAAUAUGUUUAGAACAGUUUACUCAGAAAAAUUCUUUGGAUACACACAAAAUAGUUCACACUGGAGAAAAUCCUCACAAAUGUGAAAUUUGUUUUAAGACGUUUUCUCAGAAAAGUAGUUUGACAAUACAUUUGAGAUUGCACACUGGGGAAAAACCUUACAAGUGCGAAAUAUGCUUUGAGCAGUUUACUCGAAAAAGUUUUUUGGAUACACACAAAAUAGUUCACACUGGAGAAAUUCCUCACAAGUGUGAAAUUUGUUUUAAGGAGUUUACUCAGAAAAGUAGUUUGAAUACACAUUUGAGAUUACACACUGGGAAAGUACCUUACAAGUGCGAAAUUUGUUUUAAGCAAUUUAAUCAAGAAAGUAGUUUGAAAACACAUGUGAGAGUGCACACUAUGGAAAAACCUUAUAAGUGUGAAAUUUGUUUUAAGCAGUUUUCUCAGAGAGGUAGUUUGAAAACACAUUUUAGAUUGCACACUGGGGAAAAACCUUACAAGUGCGAAAUAUGUUUUGAGCAAUUUACUCAGAAAAGUUCUUUAGAAUUACACAAAAUAACUCACAUUGGAGAAAAGCCUUACACAUGUGAAAUCUGUCUUAAGCAGUUUUCUAUUAAAAGUGUUUUCAAAAGACAUUUGAGAGUGCACACUGACGAAAAACUUCACAAAUGUGAAAUUUGUUUUCAACAUUUUAGGGAAGCAGGUACUUUGAAAACACAUUUGAUAGUGCAUUCUGGAGAAAGACCGUAUAAGUGUGGAACUUGUUUAAAGCAGUUUGUUACUUCAAGUCAUUUGAAAAAACAUUUGAGAGUGCACACUGGGGAAAAACCUUAUAAGUGCGAAAUUUGUUUUAAGCAGUUUUCUGAUGUAAGUAGUUUGAAAACACACUCGAGAUUGCACACUGGGGAAACACCUUACAAGUGUGAAAUUUGUUUUAAGCAGUUUAGUCAGAAAACUAGUUUGAAAUUUCAUUUGAGAGUGCACACUGGGCAAACACCUUCUUCUUCUUAACUCUGCAGUCGUCUCUUAGUCCCUGCCUUCAAAUAAAUUAAGUCCAUCACAGUAGAUUCCUAAAACGAGUCGACCUUUCAGCCUGUACUGGGUUCAUUUGCUGACGAGUCUUUGCAUGUGCGGUAUCAGCUGUUGUUUUCGAAACCUGGUCUCUCACAACGUGGUUGCUACUCACGUGCUAAUAUUUUAUAAGAUCACAUCCCAGGGAAUUAUAAUAUAUCAAUAAUUAAUGGCUACCUUAUAAAGUACCCCACACAAACCUUAUGGAAAUUAGAUCCCAGUGGAUUUCGUUCAUACUUUGGGAAAAUAUUCUUUGAAGCAUCCUGAUAAAAAGUUCUCAUGGGCACAACUGAAUCGUAUGAACGAUUUUCAAGAUAUAGAGGCACAAAUUCGGAAAAUUAUAAGAUUUACUGGAUAUUCCAAUUCCCUGAGUUACUGAGUACUCGUUGCUCCCUGAGCAACGUGUAGAAGUUUGGAUCAAGGAAAAGUACUAGCAAUCUAGGAUUUUUUCCUGGCUAUCCAAUGUCAACCUUUACUUUGACCUUAACCUUCAACGGACGUUAUCUUCGAGAUUUUCGUGGGUUUUCGGCAUUAAAUUGAUCUAAACAGAUUACUCAUGGGUUUUUGGGAUCGCUAAACACGAAUAUGUCAUCAGAAUUGACCUCCGGGUGACGUGGUGGCCAGGCCCACUGCAAGGGACGUCAUCUUCUAGAGUUUCGAUGGUUUUUGGCAUUUAAUUGAUGCAAAUGAAUUACUGGGGGGUUUUUGAGGUCGCUAAACACGAAUAUGCCACCAGCACCGACUCCCGGAGCACCUGGUUUCCAAGGUCAAUGAAAGGGGCUCCUGUAGUUUCGAGGGUCUUUGGUACUAUAUUAAUGCAAACGGAUUAGUUAUAGGU